AUGCAUACCUCGACAAGUGGAGGCCAUGACGCUUUGUCCAAGCGACGAGCUCAGUUCGCUGGCCCAUCGGGUGUCAAAGGUCUCAUCCAGAACUCGCGCAUUUUCCUUCUCGCCGUCUUUGCUUCGCUUGGUGGUUUCGUCUAUGGAUACAACCAAGGAAUGUUCGGACAGGUUCUGAACAUGGCAUCUUUCAACAGAACGGUCAAACCAGAGUCUAUCAGCAACACUACCACUAGAGGUCUUCUUACUGCUAUCCUCGAACUCGGAGCAUGGGUCGGUGUAUUGAUCAACGGAUACAAUGCCGACAAGUUUGGUCGCAAGGUCGCCACCCAGAUCGGUGUGGGCGUCUUCAUGAUCGGUGUGAUCGUCCAAGCAUGCGCUAAGAAUGCCGACUACAUCUAUGGUGGUCGUUUCGUCACUGGUCUCGGUGUCGGUAUCUUGUCUAUGAUUGUUCCUCUCUACAAUGCCGAACUGGCACCUGCUGAGAUCAGAGGUUCGCUCGUCUCGCUCCAGCAGCUCGCCAUUUGUACCGGUAUCAUGAUCAGUUACUGGAUUGGAUACGGCACCAACUACAUCGGCGGUACCGGUGCUGGCCAGUCUAAUGCUGCCUGGUUGGUUCCCAUCUGCAUUCAGCUGCUGCCCGCUCUUAUCCUCGGUGUUGGUAUCAUGUGGCUUCCUCAAAGUCCUCGCUGGCUCGUGUCGAACAACCGUGAGGACGAAGCUUUGGACAUUCUCGCCGACCUCAGAAGAGCACCCAGAGACAGCGAGGUCGUGCAACUCGAGUACCUCGAGAUCAAGGCCCAGCACAUGUUCGAGGUCGACAGGUCGAGAGCCAAAUUCCCUCAGUUCCAGUCCGGAAGCUUCUCGGACAACUUCAAGCUCGGAUUCUACGACUACGCCUCCUUGUUCACCAACAAGUCUCUCCGCAAGAGAGUUUUUGUCGCCGUCUUCACUAUGGUCUUCCAACAAUGGUCUGGUAUCAACGCCAUUUUGUACUACGCCGCUUUCAUCUUCCAGGAUCUAGGCUUGACUGGCAACACCACUUCGCUUCUGGCUAGUGGUGUCGGUGGUAUCUUGCUCAUGCUCGCCACCAUUCCUGCCGUGCUUUACAUCGAUCAGCUCGGUCGUAAGCCCGUCCUCAUUGCCGGAGCCAUCGGCAUGGGUAUCUCGCACAUCAUUGUCGCUGCUCUUUACGGUCACUUCGGCCCUACCAACUGGGCUGGCAGUGCGGGCAAGGCCGCUGGUUGGGUCGCUGUUGUAUUCGUUUGGAUCUACGAGAUCAACUUUGGAUACUCUUGGGGACCUGGCGCAUGGGUCCUCGUUGCCGAAGUCUUCCCUCUCGGUGUCAGAGCAAAGGGUAUCUCGAUCGGUGCCUCGUCCAACUGGCUCAACAACUUUGCUAUCGGACAGGCCACUCCCGACAUGGUCUCUGCCAUGGGCUAUGGCACCUUCAUCUUCUUUGGUAUCAUUUGUUUCCUCGCCGCCGCCUUCAUCUUCUUCAUGGUUCCCGAAACCAAGGGUCUUACUCUGGAAGAGAUGGACGAGGUCUUUGGUGACGAGGCUGGCAACGCUGCGGACGACCGCGCUAGACUCGACAGAAUUUACACCGAGUUGGGUCUCAUGGAUGGUGGUGAUCACCCCAUGAACAGCGGCAAGAUGAAUGGCGAAAAAGUUGCCGCUAUCGACAUCAUGAACGAUGGCACUUACAAGCACGUCAGCAACUGA